ACACAGAAAAAACGUCAAACGCUAUUGAUUGUCAAAAUGGUACACAAUCAGCCGACCCGCUGUUGAUAAAUAAACAGUUGUGACUAGCCCACCACUGGGCGCCAAAUACACCCUAAAUAAGAUCAACUUUUCAUCGCAUCCCCGAAUAGCCAACUCUGCUCUUGAAGAUGCCAAAUGCCCUUGUGCUCACUUUUCAGGCUCAGCUCUCCAGCGUAAUGGAGACUGUCCUCAAGUCAGCUAUGUACGAGAUUACUAGGCUAGUGGAAGACAGCUUUUUGGAGGAAGUGGGUCGUGGAAGGCAAGAAGUAGAGAUGCUGCGCUUGAAAUUACAGCUGUCUGAGCUGAAACUAAGGGAAAAGGAGCGUGAAAAAGUGAAGCGGUCGAGGUGUAUUAACUGCGGAAGACCUGGUGCGUCAAGCGAUGGCACCCAAAGUGAGACACACGCUGAGGCAGACACUCUGUGUUUAAGCCUCAGUGUCAGUGAGCACCGCCAGGGUGGACAGCUUCUUCAAGAGGAGGUGUGGAACUCGACAGAGGCGCAUGAAACCAAGCCUUGUGUAGCCUCUGUCAGUGCACACAAAGAGGACAGUGUGGCAUCCCUAUCUUCAACGCCAGACAAGCAGUGGACAUUACAGAGCCCUAUUUCAACUGGAUCCACAAUAAUCCAGGAGUGUGAUCCCUCCUUCAUCGCCACACAGAGAAACAGGAACACAGAACCUGCUGGGGUUCUAUCCCCUCAUGCACAAGAGAGCAUUCCGGAAUCACAUGUAGCACAGCCAGCCCUGCUCUCCAUGGUAGCUCUACCAGGCAGCAGUCGCCACAGCAGCUCCAGCAGUGACUUGGCUCCCCCCUCCGCCCCACUGGACUUUAAGGCAGAGGCAGUCCCGUCUCUUGUGAAAGAGGAGGAGGAGGCCUUACCUGUGUGGAACCCGAGAAGUGAGGACGCAGAGCUUUGUCAAGACAUGGCGAAUCCAUCUGAGACACUCUCCAGAGGAACCUGGAACCGAGAGGAGAUGCAGGUAGAGACCAUUAACAAUAUCUCCCCUCUUGCAUCACAGGAGGCAGACACGUACGUAAUGUCAUAUUCUGUUAAGUUGGACACAUUGGCGGAGCCGAGCAGUCAGGUUCCGCCCCUGCUCUUAAAUCCGGUAACGGCAGAUUUCCCUGACAAGUCAGUUGGAUCUGAUGUACAGGUUCAGGGCGUUGUUGGAUACCCGAUGCCUAAUAGUAGCUUAGUGUUGAGCGAAAACCCGCCCGUGUCCCAGCAGCAGCAGCAGCAGCAGCAGCAGCAGCAGCAAGGCUACCGUCAGGAAAAGUCUUUUAGCUGCCCCUUUUGUCCCAAGAGGUUCUCGUCCUACAAGUACCUCAAAGCUCACCUGAAGCUCCACACUGACAAGCGCCACCUGUGCACCCAGUGCGGCAGAGGCUUCCAGCACCUGUGCCACCUCAAGGCCCACAUGCUCACCCACACAGGGAAGAAGCCUCUUAGCUGCCCCCACUGUGACAAAAGCUUUGUGUAUAACUUUGAGCUCAAGAUCCACCUUAGGCACCACUCGGGCGAAAAGCCCUACGUCUGCAACCACUGUGGAAAGGGCUUUGCGCGGCAGAGCAACUUCAACCAGCACCAGAACAUCCACACACGAGAGAAGGUGUUCGGCUGUGCUUACUGUGGCAUGAGGUUCACUCGCUCCAGCAACCUGAGAGUUCACCUGCGACGACACAGCAGGCCUAGUGGGAUCUGCCUGUGAUGAUAUGAUAUUUUAUUAUAUGAUGAUGUGGCUGAUGUGCAGUUUCAUUUUCAUGGCCUGUCCGAAAAAAAAAAGAUGAGAGUCUGUCAAGAGUUGAAUGAGCGAAGAUUAAAAUUAAAAUUAAAAAUCAAAACAAUAAAGGACAUAUCAUUUCUUAAUUGAGUCAGGUUCCUGUACGGCACAAUGGAAUGUAAACAAAUUAUUUUAUAAGCAUGUUAUUAAUGUAGACUAGUCAAAUGGACAAUAGUUGCUGCAAGUUUUGGCAAUUUAGCUGCUGGAGCCUUUGGAUACAAUUGUAGAUCAUUUCUCUUUUCUUUUUUUGUCUUUGUCUUGUAACCUUAUUUGGCAUAACUUGCAAAGACCAGGUUAGACCCCAAUUUGCCUUCAGGACUGCCUUACCUCUGGUUGUUGUAGAUUCCACAAACUAUUAGACAAAAGUGCCACAGAGAUUUGGAUUCAUAUUGAAAUGUCAAACAGCUGUGGCAGAUAUGCUGGUUGCAUGAUGCAAAUCUCCCUGCCCUCCCAAAAAGACACAUGAGGAUUCAGGUCUGGUGCGUGUGGUGUGGAGCUCCCCUGGAGUACACUGAACAUUUGUCAUGUUUAAGAAAGCAGUGUGUGAUGAUCUGAGCUUUGCAUCGAGCUGCAUUUCUUUCAUGAAGUAUCCAUGAGAAGAUGCCAUUCUGUCCACUGUGAUCAUAAAGGGAUGGAUAUGGUCAGCAGCAACACUCAGGUUAUUCAAAACGUUUCCAGACUGACAACCAUGCAAGCAGCAAAGAGGAGACCCAAAAGCAGACAAAGGACAUUUAGU